CUCUUGAUUUUUUUUUUGGUUGACUAAAUUCGGAUUUUUAGGGUUUACUUCUGGUUUCGGUGUUGACUGUGAUGUUUAGAAUUGAAAUUUGACCUGCUAUGAGAACAUUUGGAUGAAUUUGGCUAGGGUUUAUGUCAUGUUCUGUAUAUUGAUGUUGGGAACAUACAAAGUUGACUUUUCUCUUGAAGUUCGUAAUCUGUCCCCAUCGUUUGGAUGUGUGAUGGUUGAGCUUGAAUCAACUAAAAAUUUUGUGUGCAAUGCCUCGUGACCCGAAAAUCUCCCUGUUUGUGUAUUUUCUGGAAAUGAAAUAACAGAGUAAUUGCCAAUUCUAUGUUCUUUAUUGUUUUGAUGUGUUCCAUCGAUAUCAAACAACGAAACUUUACUUGGACUAAAAUGAUGGUUGUUAUUUUUAGUUUAUGAUGGUGGGAUUUUUCAGUAUGUAUUGUUCCAUGCGUGAUUGUCAUUUUCGAAUUUGGUAUAAUUUCUUGUUUUGAUCCUCUCAACUAUACCUACAAAGCUUCACGAAUAAUUUGAUUUCUCAUAGGAAGAGUGCAAAGUUAUGAAUGUAUCAAAUGUAUUAAUUAGGAUAUAGCUUUGUUAGUUAAUUUCGUACAAGCUAACAAGUAUUCCCAGACAAUACUGCGGCUUUAGUUGGAGAAAGCAUCUUUCUGAAGGUCAUCAUGUUUUCAACAAAGUCUUUUUGUGAAUAGGUGUGUGAAUGCCCCUCCUAAGGGGUGCAUUGGCUUAUGGAGGGAUUUUGUCCUAAUCUCUACAGAAGUUAUCCCCUCGCAUAUAAGAGGAUCAAGUAGCUUGGCAACCAUGACAAUAUCAUUUAUGUUCAGACAAUUCAGAUUCGUAGAGCUAUGAAGUGGGGCAAACAUGCUACUUGCUUCCCUAUGUAAUCAUUCUACUUCAAACCAUGGCCACACGACCCACACGCAUCACCACCAGACGAGCACCACCUAAGUUUCUUUUUCUCCUACUGCUGAUACUUGUGCCCAUUUGUGUGAUUGGAAUCUUCACUCAUGGCCAGAAAAUCUCCUACUUUUUUCGACCUCUAUGGGAUAACCCCCCUCCCCCCUUCAUACGUGUUCCUCACUAUUAUGCAGAGAACGUCUCGAUGGACCACCUCUGCCGUCUCCAUGGCUGGUCACUGCGAUCCGAACCCCGUCGUGUCUUUGAUGCCAUCAUCUUCAGCAAUGAGCUAGACAUGCUUGAGGUCAGGUGGCGGGAGCUCCAUCCCUAUGUCUCAAAAUUUGUAAUCCUGGAGUCCAACACCACUUUCACAGGCAUCCCCAAGCCCCUCUUCUUUGCUUCAAAUAGAGCGCGGUUUGCCUUUGCUGAGGACAAGAUUGCCCAUGGUGUGUUUUCAGGCCGAACUGCAGAUCGUGGAUCACAUAAAGAUCCAUUUGUACUUGAGUCAGCGCAACGUGGGGCCAUGAAUGGACUACUUCACCGGGCAGGGAUUUCCAAUGGUGACCUCCUUAUAAUGUCAGAUACAGAUGAGGUUCCAAGCCCACAUACCAUAAAACUACUUCAAUGGUGUGAUGAGGUGCCACCCGUAUUGCAUCUCGAACUGAGGCACUAUAUGUACUCAUUUGAAUUCCCGGUGGACUACAGCAGCUGGAGAGCCACGGCCCACAUUUAUGGCCCAUGGACUCAGUAUCGGCAUUCACGCCAAACAAAUAUUAUACUUUCAGAUGCCGGAUGGCACUGUAGCUUUUGCUUUCGGUACAUUAGGGAGUUUGUUUUUAAGAUGACUGCUUACAGCCAUGCAGACCGAGUUAAACGGAGCGAUUUUCUAAAACAUUCAAGGAUUCAGAAGCUCAUUUGUCAAGGGGAUGAUCUUUUUGAUAUGCUUCCUGAAGAGUACAGCUUCAGUGAAUUGAUCAAGAAAAUGGGGUCAAUUCCCCGUUCGGCUUCUGCAGUUAAUCUUCCCGCUUACUUGAUAGAGAAUGCAGUUAAGUACAGAUUCCUUCUCCCUGGGGGUUGCAUACGGCCAUCAGAAUGAAAGUUCUUGAGUUGGCUACUCCAAUUUUCUCUCUACAUAAGCUAAAAAAUUUGUGGGUACUCCUCAACGUUGAAUCAGAUUUUCCCUUUUUAUUUCGUUGCUACCGUUGAGGCAAUGAACUUGGUAGGUAUCUACACCAUUUUAUUCUGUGCCCGGAUGUUCCCUAAAAGUUGUGAAAUCAACGGCUAUUUUUUAAGAAGUUGAUGCUUAAGAACAAAAGUAAGGAUAAGUGAUCCCUGUAAGCUGCAUGGAACCCUAAACCUCACACCCCAUUGCUGGUCUUUUCCAACUACCAGAAUGUGACGGGUGGUAUGUCACUGUCACAGUUACAGAUGCUGCUUCAUUUAAAAGAAAAAUAAUGAAGAGGGAAGAGGGUAGGAUGAUGUAUGCUAUUUGUUUCCCAUCCACACUACCUGUCUAUAAGACUAUAACUAGCAAAGAAAAAGGAGGGGUGUUUGGUUUA